AUACAUUUUUAUCGCCGCAAUUCGUCGGCUUAUCUCAGAGUCGAUUAAAAAUAAACUCACGCUUGACUUUUGAAAUACAAAGACAACGACAGGCGUAAAAAAUACCAACACGAAUGAUAAGAAAAUGAUAAUAUUUUUGAAAAAUGCAAUUUCCUCGCAGUCGAAAGUAAUAACAAAAGAAUGUUUGCUCAAGUUGACACUCAUCAGAGCUUCGAAAUGAACACGAAAAUGAACGAUGAUGCUAAAGAAACAGAUUUCGUAGGAUCAAAAAUUGAUGUUGGAGCUUGGAAUAAGCUCUCAAAGGAGCAUCUUCAAACACUAUCGGUAGCUCUUAACUUAUUCCUAGGAUUAAGUGGAACCACACUCGUCCCCAUUCUGCUGAUUUACAUAUUCUUCUACACACGAUUAUGGUUUCUGGUGCCUUUAUAUUUAGCAUGGAUCUAUUACGACAGAAAGACUGGUUUCACAGGAGGCAGGAAAUUGAACUGGUUCAGACGUAGCAAAAUGUUCGAAUAUUUUCGCGACUAUUUUCCAUGCAGAUUGAUCAAAACUCAAAAUCUAGAAGCUGAUCGAAAUUACCUAUUCGUAGUCUAUCCUCAUGGUAUGUUCGCCUUGAGUACGAUUUGUUGUUUUUGCACUGAGGCGAAUUCGAUCGAAAGUAGAGUAUUUCCUGGAUUGGAUUUUCGAAUUGUGACCAUAGAUGCGCAUGUAUGUUGCCCCAUAACGAGAGAAUAUUGUUUAUCAAUGGGUUGUAUUGGUUCAAGAGAAUCAAGUAUUCUACACGUAUUGAAUUCGAAGCCAUCCAAAGCAGUCGUAUUAGUGCCCGGAGGAGGGGCAGAGAUGCAAAUUACCGAACCUGGUAGUACUUACAGAAUUAUAACCAGUCGUAGAAAAGGAUUUGUUCGUUUGGCUUUGAAAACUGGGACACCUUUAGUUCCGGUAUUUUCAUUCGGCGAACAAAAUCUUUACUCGAGAUAUCAAUCGAAAUGGCUACAAAAAAUGGUCAAGAAAAUCACCGGUAUCUAUGAUGUUGUGCCCAAAGGCAGAAUGGGUAUUUUACCCUAUAGACACCCAGUAAAUACAGUUGUUGGUAAACCGAUCCAUGUACCUAAGAUUGAGAACCCCUCGACAAAAGAUAUCGACGAAUAUCACGCGAAAUUUGUUCAAGAACUUACAGCUCUGUUUGAAGAUAAUAAAUGCAAAUAUGACGUCAACAAGAGCAAUGCUGAGCUAAUAAAUUUAUAACAGAUCAUAAGAAAAGUUUUCAUCAGCGAUCGAGAAAAAAAAUUGAAUUACCUAAGUAAAGUUAUAAAUAAUUUUUUAAAAAAUGUAUCGGAAAAAUCUUGAAAAAAUUCCAAAAAAUGCCAUAAAAAAUCGAAAAUAAAUGCUAAAAAAUAUAAUUAAAUGUCACAAAUCAAAGUACCAUUGAAAUUUAGUUGAAAUAUUAAAAACAGGAAAUUACUCGACAGGAAACAUAAUUUUAAAAUUUAAGAUGUAUAUUUUUUUUUUACAAAAUCUUAGUCUUAUCUAAGAUUAAAAUAGUUAUUAUCAUGCUAAUAUUAUCUACUAUGUGAAUUAUAUUCUUUCUUACGA